AUGGAUAAAUUAAAAGAAUACGAUAAAGAAAAAGAACAAGAAAAAUGUAAUGUAAUACAAGGUGCACAUGGUAUUAAGAAAUUAUCAUCAAAAGUAUUAAGCGAUAAAUUGAACAAUUUAGAUGUUAGUAGAGUAUUUGACAACAUAGAUGAUCACAUAAAAAAACAUCCAUUCAUAAAUGAUUUGGCAAAAAAGUUUGGCGUUAAACCAUCAUAUAUUAUUGUACCUUUUUUUUUUUUUUUAUUUGUUUCUUUAAUAUUUGGAUGGGGAGCAGCUUUAAUAUGCAACGUACUUGGAUUUGCUUAUCCAGCAUAUCAAUCAUUCAAGGCAGUGGAAUCUCAGAGUACUGAUGAAACAAAGUUGUGGUUAACAUAUUGGGUUGUUUUUUCUUUGUUUUUUUUUCUUGAAUAUUUAAUUGAUAUUAUUUUAUUUUGGAUUCCUUUUUAUUAUUUAAUAAAAUUGCUUUUUCUUUUAUAUUUGUAUAUGCCUCAAGUUAGAGGAGCAGAAAUGGUAUAUAAUUAUGUUAUAAGACCAAUUUUAUUAAAACACGAAAAAACAAUAGAUGAUACUGUUCAGAAAAUCAGUCAAACAGCUACUAACCAUUUAACACAAAUUACCGGAAAUUUAACAGAGAAGUUAGUUCAGGAAGGACUAAGGAGGAGAAAUAUUAAUUAA